GGCGCUGAGUCAGGCUGCGGGGAGAAUUCGGGCCGCCUGGCCGGGCCAGAGCUUGCGCCUGCGCGGUGGGCGGCUUUGGGGCGGGGCACGUUUAUAUUCGCUGAGGAUCAGCUGACGCUCUGCAUUGCAGACUGCGGAGUCAGGAGGCGUCAUGUACUCCUUCUUGGUUCUGGCCAGCCUCCUGGGCGCGGCUCUCGCCAGCCCCGUCCUGGGCCUGAGAGAAUGUACCCAAGGCUCGGCCGUGUGGUGCCAGAACGUGAAGACGGCGUCUGACUGCGGGGCCGUGCAGCACUGCCUGCAGACCGUCUGGAACAAGCCGGCCGUGAAAUCCCUUCCCUGCGACAUAUGCAAAGACGUCAUCACUGCAGCCGGUGACAUGUUGAAAGACAACGCCACUGAGCAAGAGAUCCUCGUGUACUUGGAGAGGACCUGCGACUGGCUGCCCAAGCCGAACAUGUCUGCCUCCUGCAAGGAGAUCGUCGACUCCUACCUCCCGGUCAUCCUGGACAUGAUUAAAGGACAAAUGAGCCAUCCCGGGGAGGUGUGCUCCGCUCUCAACCUCUGUGAGUCUCUUCAGAAGCAUCUGGCAGAGCUGAAUCACCAGAACCAGCUCAAGUCCAAUCAGAUCCCGGACCUGGAUAUGGCUGAGGUGGUGGCUCCCUUCAUGGCCAACGUGCCCCUCCUCCUCUACCCUCAGGACGGGCCCCACAGCAAGCCCCAGCACAAGGCUGAUGGGGACGUUUGCCAGGACUGCAUUCAGAUGGUGACUGACGUGCAGACUGCUGUGAGGACCAACUCCAGCUUUGUCGAGGCCUUGGUGGACCACGCCAGGGAGGAGUGCGACCGCCUGGGGCCUGGCAUGGCCGACAUGUGCAAGAACUAUAUCAACCAGUAUUCGGAAAUUGCUAUCCAAAUGGUGAUGCAUAUGCAGGAUCAGCAGCCCAAGGAGAUUUGUGGGCUGGUUGGGUUCUGUGACGAGGUGAAGGAGAUGCCCAUGAAGACUCUGGUGCCUGCCAAGGUGGUCUCGGAGAACGUCAUCCCUGCCCUGGAGCUGGUGGAGCCCAUAAAGAAGGAUCCGGUCCCCGCGAAGGCUGAUAUUUACUGUGAGGUGUGCGAGUACGUGGUGAAGGAGGUGGUCAAGCUGAUUGACAACAACAGGACCGAGGAAGAAAUAAUUCAUGCUUUGGACAGCGUGUGCUCGAAGCUGCCCUCGUCCUUAUCCGAGGAGUGCCAGGAGGUAGUGGACACUUAUGGCAGCUCCAUCCUGUCGAUCCUCCUGCAGGAGGCGAGCCCUGAGCUGGUGUGCAGUAUGCUUCAUCUCUGCUCCAGCCGGGGGCUGCCUGUGCUGACCGCACACGUGAUGCCGCGGAAGGACGGUGGCUUCUGUGAGGUGUGCAAGAAGCUGGUGACCUAUUUGGAGCACAGCCUGGAGAAGAACAGCACGAAGGAGCAGAUCCUUGCUGCCUUCGAGAAAGGCUGCAGCCUCUUGCCUGACCCGUACCAGAAGCAGUGUGAUCAGUUUGUGACGGAGUACGAGCCCGUGCUCAUAGAGAUCCUGGUGGACGUGCUGGACCCUUCCUUUGUGUGCCUGAAAAUUGGAGUCUGUCCCCCAGCCCGUAAGCCUCUUUUGGGAACUGAGAAGUGUGUCUGGGGCCCGAGCUACUGGUGCCAGAACAUGGAGUCGGCAGCCCUGUGCAACGCUGUCGAGCAUUGCAAGCGUCACGUGUGGAACUAGAAGGCGCGGUCUGUCUUAGAGAAACUGCAGCAUCUUUUCCUGCUUGUGUCUGGGGGAACGAACACACAGAUCUGUUGGCUUUGUUGUUAUAAAAAUGAUUGAUAGGAUCCCUCUCCCUCAGUCCCUUUCUUCUCGCCCUCAUCUUAGCAUUGCUGUCAGCAGGCCGCUGGCGUAGCUGCUUCAGUGUCCCUUUCCUCCCUGCUACAUGGAUGCCGACAUACCGUACACUGGAGGUCUCUUGAGUCUGUCCCUGCGUGGUGGUUACCCGGAGGAGACGGGGCUCUGGCCGUGGGCAUGAGCCAGAGCCUCUUGACUGAGGUUGUCCGUCCUCCUGGAUGGGCCUUGGGUGCUGAGGGCUCCGGAGGCCUGCUCUAAGGAGGGACCUUCCCUCCUCGUGGGCCUGCUGACUGCCAGACAGAGGCAGUUUUAUAUGAAAGAUGAGAGGCUCAGAAUAAUUAUUAGGCUUUUUAAACAAACAAACAAUGUGGUCCUCACUGUAAUAGAGCUGCUGGAAGCAGCCGCUCAGGAGACCUGGUGGGGCCGGGCUUGCUACCGUUGGGUCAGCCUUUGAUUCGUCUUUCCCGGUUGAUGCUGUGUUUGGAGUUCUGUGGUUUGGGGUGGGAGGGGAAAAAACCUGCAUGAAUGUAACCUGCUAGCUCUUUGUGGAGGUCCCGGGGGGCCUGCUUUUGUGCGUGUGGACAGUGGUGACUGCGUCAUGCCUGCUCUUGUGUCCACCCUGCUGCUCAGUGCCGCCGUUGCUCUGGGCGGUACAGCCCCCUCCCCUCUGACCCCCCCCCCCCGUAGAUGGUCUUUCCCUCUGACCUCCCCCUCCCUGUAGAUGGUCUUUCUGACCUGCGAAUAAAUGUGGAUGACAAGCUCCUAAGCGUCUGGCUUCCAGGUAGAGGGGCUGCUGGCCUGGGGCCUCAGCCGUCGCCCUGCCUUCUCUCCAGUUGGCUGCAUCCUCUCCUCCACUUGCAGUUGCCAGGAGACGGCAAGAUGCGCAGUUGCUACUAAAUGAACUUACCGAGUUUGUUUGUUUGUUUUGCACUAAAAUUUCUGUGAUUUAACAAUAAAGUCUGUCAACCAGA